AUGUUAGAGGCAGAAAAAGUGACCCUGGAGCAGAAGGUAAAAGACCUACAGAAGUAUGUCUCAAGAAGUGCAGAGGAAGAAUCAAGCUGCAAGCUUCAGGAGACUGACAGCAAGGACUUGCAACAGGUUGAAUUGCUGGAGGCAGAGAAAAUUGCUUUGGAGCAGCAGGUAAAAGACCUGCAGGAAGAAGUCUCAAGAAGGGCAGAGGAGAUUUCAAUCAAUACCAAGAAAACACAGGAGCUCCAAGACUCUCUUCAGUCCCUCAAUGCUCAAUUGGUUACUGAAAGAUACUGGAACGUAGCCCUUCAGAAUAAUCGGCAAGACUUAUGCUUAAGACUUAGGUGUGCAGACCAGCGGUACAGCAAGCAGGCUGAGCAGCUUGAGGCAGAGAAGCUUGCCCUGGAGAAAAAAUUGAAGGACCUGCAGGAGGAUGGUGUUUCGAGAAGAGCAGAGGAUGAAACAAGUGACACUGAGGGUAAUCAAGAGCACAAGAACUUGUGA